AUGAUCGCCGCUCGCGCCAGCCUUCCUCUCCGCCGGGCAGUUGCCCGCUCACCCGUUGCGCAGCCAAUGCGCUUCUCGCAUGCUCACGCCGGUCCCGGGACCGUUCCAUUCAACGGCAAGUCGCCCUGGUUCGGGCUCCAGCUCGUCUCCUACCUUGGCCUCGGCUUCGUCCUCCCCUUCGUCGCAGCGGCAUACCAGCUGAAGAAGUCCACCGCUAGCACGUGA